AUGAGAUUGGAAGCCGCCGGACACAGUCUUAAGCUCUCGGCAGCCGCCUUGGCUGCCACCGUUAUCGGUAGUGCUUCUGCAGACUCGAUCAAUCCCCAGCUUCGUCUGGCCUACCACGGCAAUGAUGGCAUGAUUGUCAGUUGGAACACCAUGUCCCGGUUGGACAGCCCAACUGUGCAGUGGGGUCUCUCUAGAUCCAAUCUCAAUAACACGGCUCGUUCAAAUGUGUCUGUCACUUAUCCGACCUCGCUGACUUACAACAACCACGUCCGCAUCACUGGCCUCAUGCCCAACACCACUUACUACUAUUUACCAAAGUCUCUGAACUACACCAGCGAUUGUCUAGAGCCUCUUACCUUCACCACCAGUAAAGCCGCCGGUGAUGACACAUCCUUUUCAGUGGCUGUCGUGGUGGACCUUGGCACUAUGGGCAGCAGAGGCCUGACAACGUCGGCCGGCUCUGGCGUAAGCCAGACCAAUAUCCUGCGGCCUAACGAGACCAAUACGAUCGAGUCGCUCGCUAGCUUCAAGGAGGGAUUCGAUUUUGUUUGGCAUCCUGGCGACAUUGCAUAUGCCGACUAUUGGCUGAAGGAGGAGAUCCAGGGCUUCCUGCCCAACACCACGAUUGCCGAUGGCUCCAAAGUGUACGAGUCGAUUCUAAAUGAUUUUUACGACGAAAUGAUGGCAGUCACAGCUUCGAAGCCUUAUAUGGUCGGUCCUGGCAACCAUGAAGCAACCUGCGACAAUGGUGGCACCACGGAUUCGGCGAAGAACAUCACCUACACCAAUAGCAUAUGCAUCCCUGGUCAGACCAAUUUUACCGGCUACAAGAACCACUUCCGAAUGCCCAGUGAUGUGUCUGGGGGCACCGGCAACUUCUGGUACAGCUUCGACAAUGGCAUGACUCACUUCGUGCAGCUCGACACCGAGACCGAUCUUGGUCACGGAUUUAUUGGAGCAGACGAAAUUGGCGGUACCGAAGGCAUGGGCGCCUCUCCAAUGAGUACCAUCCUGAACGCCCAGACAACAUGGCUAGAAGCUGACUUGGCGGCGGUCGACCGCUCUAAGACACCGUGGGUUGUCGUCGCCGGCCACCGGCCCUGGUAUCUUAGCCACGCUAACGCCAGCGGUACCAUCUGCUGGACCUGCAAGGAUGUAUUUGAGCCGCUGCUGAUCAAGUAUAACGUCGAUCUGGUACUUUCAGGCCAUGCUCAUGUCUAUGAGCGUCAAGCGCCACUGGCUGAGGGAAAAAUUGACGAAAAUGAGCUCAACAACCCUGUCUACCCAUGGUACAUCACAAACGGUGCUGCUGGACACUACGACGGACUGGAUUCGCUACAGUCGCCUCGUCAGAAUUACAGCCGUUUUGGUCUCGACACAACAAAUGCUACCUAUGGAUGGAGCAAGUUGACAUUUCACAACUGCACGCACUUGACGCACGACUUCGUGGCUAGCAACAAUGGAAGUGUUCUAGACUCGGCCACCUUGUUCAAGAACCGGACCUGUGCCGCUAAUACAAGUCAAGAAGACAUCAACUUCCCAACGGUUCCCUUGUCUAGCAACACUACAAUUCCCAUGAUCAGCGGGUCAUCAUCCCCCAAGACCACCGGUACCACGACUCCCGUUGUUAGCUCAGCCACUGGUCCGAAGUCUCAAGCAUUUUUCGCCUUCGCUGCUGCUUUAUUGAGCCUGGCAGGUCUGUAA